AUGGCACACAGAGCGUUUAUACAGGUGAUUUUCACCGGGGCACAGGUGUUUGGACGUGCGUUUGCGGAAUCUUACAGACAAGCAGCAGCUCAAACAGCUAAACAAACGGCAAAUGCUUCUAGAGGCCGUGGUGCUAGCGCAGAAUACGGAGGUAUCACUUUAGAUGAGAGUUCUAAGAUUUUGAACAUUGAGAAUGAACAGGAUAUGAAUUUGGAUAAAAUCAACGAAAGAUUCAAGUAUUUGUUCGAGAUCAACGAUAAAGAGAAAGGUGGAUCAUUCUACUUGCAGAGUAAGAUUUACAGGGCAGCAGAGCGUUUGAAGUACGAGCUUGCUGAAAAGGAAAAGGCUGCCAAUCCAGAACUGAAUCAAGAACAAGCGAAGUCGAGUUCCACGACGGAGUCACCGGAGUUGAAAAAAUAG